AUGCUCGGGCCGGUCGCUUGCGACGACGUCGGCCAUGUCGUCGCCACGCUCAUGCUCCUGGCCUUGGGCUUCGCCGCCAAUGCGAUGCUCGUCCUGCGUCCGCUCUACCGCGCGCGCAUGGCGGCCGGCCGGCCUGUCCACACGUCGACGACCAGCCUCUGCCUGCUGCUGCUGUCGAUUUGCCUCUUGUCCGACUCGCUACUGCACCACCGCGUGCUGGAGCGACUGGCGCAUCUUUACGGCCUUAUGGACAAUGCGGCGCAUGCGACGAUCGCGCUCCUCUCGUGGGCGCUCACGUGCACGGUGGCCUUCCCGCGCCACUCGCUGCGGCCGCUCGAAGGCGUCGCUGCGCUCUUCACCGGCAGUCUUCUCGACCUCGACCACUUUAUCGUCGCCGCGGGCUGGAGCUUUCGCGCGGCCACGUCCCUGAGCGAGCGUCCGUUUGGUCAUGCGGUGGUGUUCGUGGCGGCUCUCGCGCUGCUCACGUGGUGGACUUGCCCGGUGGCCCGCCGGGUGCGCGCUGUCGCCUUUGUACUGGCGUGCUUGCUGAGCCACCAUCUGCGCGACUCGUAUCGACGAGGCCUCUGGAUCGCACCGGUCGUGGGGUCGACGCCGCCCGUGCCGUACCCGAUCUACUUGGUCCUCGAGGUCCUGCUGCCGACCAGCCUCGCGUUCUGGUGGCGCUGGAUGGAGCGGCGCCCGCACACCCGACCAGAGCCAGCAUUGGUCGUUUGA